UUGACUGGGAUGGGAAUUAGCAUCUCUCCCGUCGUGUUACGUAGGCAAGGCAAGGCAAGACAGAACGCCGGACACGAAGCCAAAAGCGCCUCAGGAAGCGAAGCACCUCCGCCGCCGUUCCAUCGCGCGCCUCAUCUCCCAGCACUGCGCCCGUUGCGCCCGCCUAUUUGCCUGAAGCUGCCUCGCUCUGAGGCGCAAGCAAGCCUCCUCGCUGAAAGCAUUGCUGGCCGGGCUGGCUUCGCCCCCCACCCAGCCGAGGAGAGCUGCUUCUGGAGCGGCAUGGCCAGCGGGAGGCGAGAUAGCAAGGCGGCGGCAUCCUUCUGCCUGGCCUGGGCGCUCUGCUUGGCUCUCCCGGGCUUCCCGCAGCCUGUGGGUGGCCGAGAAGACAGAGCGGACUGGACUCAGGAGAAGUAUUCCCAUCGCCCAACCAUUUUAAAUGCAACUAGCAUCCUACAAAUCACCUUACAGACAAAUGUUAAUCGCAUGUGGCAAAAUGACCUCCAUCCAAUCCUGAUUGAGCGAUAUCCAGGAUCACCUGGGAGUUAUGCUGUGCGGCAGCAUAUCAAGCAUCGCCUGCAAGGAUUGCAGGCUGGCUGGAUUGUUGAAGAAGACACAUUUCAGAGCCAUACUCCUUAUGGAUAUCGCACCUUUUCAAAUAUAAUCAGUACUCUCAAUCCCCUUGCCAAGCGCCAUUUGGUGCUUGCUUGCCAUUAUGAUUCAAAAUAUUUUCCACCGCAACUGGAUGGUGAAGUGUUUGUUGGAGCCACUGACUCAGCUGUGCCUUGUGCAAUGAUGCUAGAACUGGCAAGGUCCUUGGACAGACAGCUUUAUUUUCUGAAGGAAAGUAGCUUAUCUCCCAAGGCAGAUCUUUCUCUGAAGCUUAUUUUCUUCGAUGGCGAAGAAGCUUUUGUUCGAUGGUCCCCUUCUGAUUCCCUGUAUGGCUCUCGAUCUUUGGCCCAGAAAAUGGCAUCUACUCCUCAUCCACCAGGUGCCAGAAACACGAAUCAAAUUCAAGGCAUU